AUGACCUCCUCCGCGACCUCUCCUCAGAGCGCCGGCCUCAAGCGAGCGUAUCCCGCCGACGAACCUGCCCUGCCGUCCCACCCAGAGCCGGCCGGGGCAGUCUCGAGCAACUCUCCUCCCCCCAGUUCCGUGGCGUCGGCGACCUCCGCCUUCAGGAAUGUGUCCGCCUGCAAUCGCUGUCGUGUUCGCAAGAAUCGAUGCGACCAACGGUUGCCCGCCUGCUCGACCUGUGAGAAGGCCAAUGUGCGAUGUGUAGGGUACGAUCCUAUCACCAAGAGAGAGAUACCUCGGAGCUAUGUCUACUACCUCGAGACCAGGCUGGCCUACUUUGAGCAGCUGCUCAAGGCAAAUGCCAUCUCCUACAAUGCCGGCGAAGUCUUCAGCGCCGAGUCCAAAGAGCUGAGGGACGUCGUCCAGUCGCCAGGCAGUGCAAAGAGUUCCUGGAUCGGACCUCAGUCGCCCAGCAAUGGUUCACCACGCCCGAUCCGCGCCGAGGACUGGGACAAGAGGCAAGAAGACGCCGAAAAGCUGAACAAGCUGGUGUCCAACAUCGGGAUGGUCUCGGUCCAAGGGGCCUCCGAUGCACGAUAUCUGGGUUCAACCUCUGGCAUCUCGUUCGCUCGCGUGGUCUUGGCCGCGGUGAAGAGCUCGGUGUCGAGCAACAACUCGGAGCGUGCGGGCGUGAGACCGAGCCGACCCAUGCCCAACCUUGCCAGCUCGGGUGGCAGUUCCAUGAGGGAUUCAUACUUUGGCUUACAGACGAAACCGACAAUCAAGGAGGCCCCCUUCCCAGAUCGGGCCCUGGGGGAGAAACUAGUCAAUCUGUACUUUGAACAUGCUAAUCCCCAAAUUCCGAUUCUGCAUCGAGGGGAAUUCAUGCACCUAUUUGACCGUACAUACUCGAUCGAACCCUCAAAGCGGACCAGUCGUGAACUCUACCUGCUGAGCAUCGUCUUUGCGAUCGGGGCUGGCAUCAUUUGGGGAUCAUCAGAUCCACAGCCAAAUGCCCGCGAAGCCGAGUAUGCUCCAAAGAGAGCCCGGCUGGGAAUGCAACAGGCACAGCCUGAGGAAUAUCAUGCUUCCGCCAUCGUCAACCUCGGGUCGUUUCUGGCGUCCAGUUCAUCCGCCGAUGCGGCCGAACGACCAAACGGUGAUUUGGAAGAGCUCCAGGCAGUCUUACUCCUGUGUGGCUUUGCUCUUCUCAGACCUGUGGCCCCCGGACUGUGGUACAUUGUCGGUGUCGCCAUGAGACUGGCCGUGGACCUCGGCCUCCACUAUGAAGACGGGACGGGAAUCGACGAUAACAUGGAGAUGCAAGGAGGACCACGGAACCCAGCUGACAAGCCUCUAAAGCCCGUCGAUGCAAAAGAGAAAGGUCGGCGCGAAUGGCUUCGCGACUUGCGGAGGCGACUUUGGUGGUGUACGUACACGUUUGACCGCCUCGUCAGCACGUGUGUAGGACGACCGUUCGGCAUCACCGAUCAAGUCAUUACUACAGAGUUCCCCUCUCUGCUUGACGAUAAACACAUCAGCCGAGCUGGCUUUUCACGCCCUGCGUUCCCUGACGAACCGACCUACAAAUGGGUUUCGCACCACUACUUCCGUCUGCGGCUGUUGCAGUCCGAGAUUCUCCAGGUGCUCCAAUAUCAACAAGCGCAGCAAGCACGUCUUGGUGGCACCAACCAACGCAACCAAUUCAUGCAUACCAAACUGCCGUCGCCAUUCCUGAGCAAGUUCGACUCUUUCCGGUCGUGGCGUCGAGACAUUGACCAACGACUCUAUGAGUGGAAGGAGUCGGCGCCCGAUCCCUCGGAGACCGGCGUCGGAUUUUCUGUGCAGUUCUUGGAACUCAAUUACUGGCAGGCCGUGAUAAUGCUGUAUCGGCAGAGUCUUAGCGUUCCAGCACCCCUGGCCAACGAACUAAGCCCGACGGAGGAUGUGGCGAGCCCGUCGAGCGUGAGGAUGGAAGAGAAGGAGGAUGAAGACCUGGUGUUUCUGAAGUGUGCAGAGGCUGGCCAGAAGACGUUGAAGCUAUACAGGCAACUCCAUCGGCUCCGACUCGUGAAUUACACGUAUCUGGCAACACACCAUCUGUUCAUGGCCGGGAUAUCGUUUCUGUACGCCGUCUGGCACUCACCGGCUGUGAGAGCUCGCCUGACCCUCGAUGACUUUGACUUCACCGUCCUCGCCGCGACGUCGGUGCUCGGCGACCUCAUGGAAAAGUGUCCGCCGGCCGAAGCCUGUCGCGAUGCCUUUGAAAGAAUGAGCAAAGCGACGGUGCAAAUGUGCAUGUCGACUCCUGGCUUUGGCUUCUCAAUGGAGCCACGCGACGAAAGACAACCCCGACAACAACAACUGUCCCGGCAAACCAGCCUGCAGAACCAACCGCAAUCCCAGCCAGUGCCUAUGCAGAUCGAUCCCAAACCACCCGCAACCACACGCAUCGCCCCUCGACCCAUCCAGAAAAAACGCCCUCCGCCCAAGUUCGACAUGGACCUCCGCGAACUCUUCCCUGAGGACCUCGAGCCCAGCACCCGUCCCUCCUAUUCAUUUCCUCAGCCACUGCAGUGGAUGCGGCAGCAGCAACAACAACAACAUUCUCCACAGCCCAACACUAACGCUGCCGUGGGAAUGGGCCUCGGCCCUCCUCCUCACGCUGCUUCUCUCCAACACUCGCCAACCCACGGCCAGAUGUCCCCCGCAUCGAGCAUCAACUCGCAGAUCAACACCGGCCUCGGCAUGGGCGCGUCAUCCACCAACCCCCAGCUGUUCAGUCCCCAGCCGACCCACGCCCAGGCAAACGACCAAUUCUACAUGCAGAACACGUACAACCCGGACUUCAUGUCCAGUCUGCCGGGCAUGGACUUCCUCAACAGUAUGGGCGGUGACAGUGGGCCGGGCGGCGAGGGUGACUUCAAGAUCGAUGCCGGUGGGUUAGGCGACCUCGGCUUCGGCAUGGGCUUGGACAUGCAGCACGAUUGGAGUGACGGGCAGCAGUACGAUUUGUUUGACGGCUUCUUCUUCGGCAACGGUAAUGGCACCGUCAAUGGCAACGGCAAUGGCAGCGGCAAUGGAUACGAAGGAGGAGGUGGAGGUGGGUAUAAUGCGGGGGAGGGGACAGGAUCAUCGUGA